UAUCAUCCUGUUUACUUUUUAGCAGUUGUUUAAAUCGUUUUGUAACGCACUAGCUGUGGGAAAGUUUUGCAGAUAUGGUUUGAUAUUAACUGACUACAGUAAUGUGUGUCUUUAUAUGUUGGAUUAUUACACAUGGAUUUAGUAUGUUUUUGCUGACUACUUUAUCUUGGCUGCUGAGUAUACUUUUUUUGAUUGCAUUUCUUGGAUUUACCACUCAUGGAAAAUAUGACAUUUUGUUGCCAACUAUCGCUCCUUUGAAGGGUCACAAGGAGCUACAGACUAUCCUAGCAUUCAACUGGCACAAGGCAAUAAAACAUAUCCUGGAGGUGGGACAGUCCAGUGCAAAGAUGUGAACAUGAUAAGUCAAACUUUCCAGCUCCUAGCAAAAUUAAGGAAAACAAGCUGAUUGACCAGAAGGAUAUGGAGCACAUCUCUAUGCACACGGGUGGCUGCAGCUGUCCAGGAACACAUUUUUAUGAAAAAUGUUCAGAAUAACAUAACGACUAAGAAAUCCAUGAUAAAUAUGGAACUGUCCUACAGACUACAAAGCCUUUUCUUGCUCUCUCUUCUUACUUGCAGCCUUGUAAGUCACUUCAUUAUGGCCCAGAAGAACAGCACCCUGAUUUUCAGUAAAGACAACAGCAUUCAAAACUGCAGCUGUUCCUCCAAUGUCCAGGACUGUGACUAUAACCUUGCUAACCACACAUGUAGCUGCAAAACCAUCCUUAUAGCACAAACAGAUGACGCAACCUAUAGGUUCAGUGACAGCACUGAUCUGACUGUAUGGUUUGCCAACACCUCUGUACUGGGUAUGCUGCUAAACUUCACCUGUGUACAGAACCUGAAGCUUUCCUUCUGUGCAACAAAUUCAGUCCCAGCAGACUAUCUAAUCCUUUUUGGACUAAAGAAACUGCAAUUAUACAGUGCAGCGCAGGUGGAAUUCACAGAACAGAAUGUAACAAUCCACAAUGACAAAACAAAAUGUAAGUCAUCUCGAAAUAAUGAAAGUCUGCCACUACUUCAUAUUUCAUUCUUGGACAUGUCUCUUUUAAAUGGGUAUUCCUCUUUGAAAGCAUACAGUGUAGGGAACGUGACCAAUGUGACAGAAUAUUUUCCACACCUUAAACAGGUGGAUGCAUUCUUGCCAGUUACUAGCAGUGGGUACACUGUAACAGUGAUUUAUUAAAUUGUGAUGGUAUUUAUGUUUAAAUUGUGUGUCAUUAAUCUCCAAGCUGCAGUGCAGAUUGUCUUCUUUGAUGGAAUCUUGUUUAUUCCGGAUUUUAUAUGACGAAGCACAAGUACUCCAAGCAGCAGACCUGACUACACUUUGGUUUGCUAGGGAGCAUUUGUAGCUGAAACAAGACUGGUACAUAUAUAACUGGGCAAUGGGGUGUCACGCACAUUGCUACUUGUGUGAAUUGUUCUCACAUGCACAUUGUCAAUUGUGUGAAUUGUGUGUAAAUACUGCACUUUGUAAGUUCACUAGAACCUUGUAAAUCUCAGUAAUAAAAUCUAAAUAAAAUAUGAGUCGCAGAAUUAAAGCCACCAACAACUUAACUUUUUGCAGAAA